CAUCUAAGUUUAAUUCACAGUAUGGCCCCUUGUAUCAGAAACUCCCAUAGUCCAAUUCACCAUUAGAAAGAGGAGAGAGAAAGAGAAAGAGAGAGAAAUUCUGUGCGAAAAUUGUGAAGCCAUGAACAAAAAACAGAAAAUUCAGGACGAUUCUAAGCCAAGGCGUGGUGCCAUAGACCUGUAUGCUGCACAGUGUGGUAAGUGCCAAAAGUGGAGAUCAAUUGCUACAAAGGAAGAGUAUGAGGAACUGCGAUGUAAGUUUAUGGAUGACCCAUACACCUGUGACAGACAACCAAAUGUGACGUGUGAUGACCCAGCAGACCUUGAAUGUGAUGCAACCAGAACUUGGGUUAUUGACAAGCCUAAUCUUCCAAAGACUCCAGCAGGAUUCAAGAGGGAACUCAUCCUCAGAUCAGAUUAUUCUAAGUUGGAUGCCCAUUACCUAACACCAACCGGGAAGAAAGUGAGGUGUCAGGGAGAAGUAGUGCAAUUCUUGGAGAAGCAUCCAGAAUACCAGCACUUAAAGCUGGACGACUUCAACUUUACUGUUCCAAAGAUACUGGAGGAUACUAUUCCUCCUGAGGUGAGGAGGAAGCGUGCGGAAAAAUCUGCGAGCAAAAAGGAUAAUGAUUUUGAUGGUAAGAGGAAGAAUUAAUAUUUAGUUGGCUAAGUUGUUGACUUUGUUGAUGCUCUUCCUGCUUCAACUUUUUAUCUAUAUUUCUCUAAGAACAAUGAAAACCUCAGAAGUGUAGGUGGUAUCUAGGGUAGUAGAACUUGCUUUUGGAAAUGUCUGUAAUGAGCCAUUUGUAAAAUUUGGCCUUAGAUGAAUCUGUUAAGCUGAAUGUUCGAGUUGCUGUGCAUGCUUAUUAUAUGUAGCAUCAGAUUUUUUCCCAUAUUUGCAUUCUGCAA